AUGGCUUUUACAGGCAGAAUUCCUCAAGAUUUUGGAAACUUGUCAUUUCUUGCUUCUCUUAACUUGGGAAGGAACAACUUCCAUGGAAAUUUGCCUCAAGAAAUGGCACACUUGCGUAGGCUCAAGUUUCUUGAUUUAAUUUUCAACAACUUCAAAGGGAAGGUUCCUUCUUCGUUUGGGAUUUUACACCAACUUCAAGUUCUAAAUCUUAGGAGUAAUAGUUUCACUGGUUUCAUCCCUUCAUUUUCUAAUAUGUCCACACUUGAGACUUUGAAUUUGGCAUUCAAUUCCUUAGAAGGUCAUAUCCCUGUGUCUCUCUCGAAUGCCUCAAGGUUGGAGACGUUACAAUUAUCUUAUAAUUCACUUCAAGGAAACAUUCCAGAAGGGAUCGGCAGUCUUCACAACAUGGACUUGUUGGGCAUAGAGCAUAAUAAGCUAGUGGGUUCUAUACCAUUAACAAUUUUCAAUAUUUCUAGGAUCAAGUUCAUUGCAUUUACUGGCAAUAGCUUAUCAGGAAGUCUUCCCAAUGGUUUAUGCAAUGGUCUCCCAAUCCUCAAAGGGCUUUAUCUGUCUUCUAACAAGCUUCAUGGUCAUAUGCCUACAAGAAUGUCAAAUUGUUCACAACUUCAACUAUUGGAUUUAUUGGAAAAUGAGUUUGAUGGACCAAUACAUAGUGAAAUAGGAAGAUUGAGUAACUUACAGAUAUUAGAUCUCGGAACUAACCAUUUCACUGGGAUAAUUCCACAAGAAAUUGGACAUCUUGUUGAUUUGGUAGAGCUAGCCAUGGAGGAUAAUCAGAUUACUGGCUCGGUCCCGAUCUCCAUAUUCAAUAUCUCAUCGCUGCAAAUUUUUUCAAUGUGGAGGAACAAUCUUAGUGGAUUCUUACCUCGGGAGAUUGGCAACUUAACCAAGAUGCAGCGUCUACACCUUACUGGAAAUAAGCUUAUAGGUAAAAUACCCAAAGAGAUAAGCAAUCUCAUUGAGUUGGAGGUACUUACUCUUGGGUUUAAUAGUUUUAGUGGUUCGCUUGAUUUUGAGAUCUUCAACAUAUCAGGGCUGAGAAUAAUUGAGCUUUCACACAAUAAUCUAUCAGGAAGCCUCCCAUCAAACAUAGAUUCUAUCUUACCCAACAUUGAAAGUCUUUUUCUGGGUGGCUUAACCAAUCUUGUUGGGAGUAUUCCUCAUUCCAUCUCCUAUUGUUCAAAACUUACUAUUCUUGAGCUUGCCGGCAACAAACUCAUUGGAUUGAUUCCCAGUUCUCUUGGAUAUUUGACUCAUCUACAGAUACUAAAUAUAGCGGAAAACAAUUUAACCAGCGACUUGUCAUUAAGCUUCCUGACUUCCUUAACCAAUUGCAGAAAUUUAACAUUUCUAUCUCUAUAUUUGAAUCCUCUAAACGGCAUGCUUCCGGCCUCCACGGGGAACCUUUCCACAUUUCUUCGAACAUUUUUCGCCAUCAGUUGUAAAAUCCAAGGGCGAAUUCCAGAUGAAGUUGGGAACUUAAGCAGCUUAUUCGACCUUAGACUUUCUGGAAACAACUUGGUUGGAUCAAUUCCCACAACAUUUGGCAACUUGAGAAACCUUCAGUGCUUCAACUUGAGUAACAACAAACUUACAGGAUUUAUUGGUGAUCAAAUAUGUAAAUUGCAGAAUUUGGGUGAUAAUUACUUUGGUCUAAAUAAACUUUCAGGAUCGCUUCCGAAUUGUUUAGGGAAUAUUACUUCCCUUAGGGAGAUACAUCUCAAUUCCAAUAAAUUGAGUUCCAGUAUACCACCAAACAUAGGGAACCUAGUGGUUUUUGACUUAUCAUCAAACAACAGGGUAGGUUCUUUACCUCCAGAAAUUGGAAAUCUAAAGGCUGCAACACUAAUAGAUCUGUCAUUCAAUAGAUUCUCAAAUGGAAUUCCUAUGGAAAUUGGAGGAUUACAUACUCUGGUGCACCUUUCUUUGAGACACAACAAGUUGCAAGGAUACAUACCUGACUCAAUGAGCAACAUGGUAGGUUUGGAAUUCCUAGACCUUUCUCAUAACAAUAUAUCCGGAAUCAUUCCUAAUUCAUUGGUGACACUUCAAAACCUGAAGAAUUUCAAUGUUUCUGUCAACAAAUUGAAUGGUGAAAUCCCCUUCGGGGGGUCCUUUCAAGAACUUCUCGAGUAUAGAAGAGGUAAAAGAGCUCCUCGACAACCUGAUUCUUUUGUUGCCAUAACAAGAGAUAGAAUUUCAUACUAUGAACUGCUCCAAGCAACUGAAGCGCUUAGCGAGAGUAAUCUGAUUGGUUCUGGAAGUUUUGGCUCUGUUUACAAAGGCGUUCUCAGAAGUGGAACUGCCAUUGCAUUUAAAGUGUUCAAUCUGCAACUAGAUGCGGCAUUCAAGAGCUUUGAUACAGAAUGUGAAGUUCUGCGAAGCCUUCGCCAUAGGAAUCUUCUAAAAGUCAUUGCUAGUUGUUCUAACCUAGAAUUUAAGGCUUUAGUGCUCGAGUAUAUGCCUAAUGGAAGUCUUGAGAAGUAUUUGUAUUCACACAACUACUUCCUCGACAUCAGGCAGAGACUAAGAAUAAUGAUAGAUGUGGCAUGUGCAUUGGAAUAUCUCCAUCAUGGGUGUUCGUCGGCUGUGAUUCACUGUGAUCUGAAGCCUAGUAAUGUCUUGCUGGAUGAGGAUAUGGUUGCCCACCUAAGAGACUUUGGCAUUUCAAAACUACUUGGUGAAGAUGAAAGUGAUUUGUACACUAAAACCUUAGCAACACUGGGUUAUAUUGCUCCGGAGUAUGGACUGGAUGGAUUAGUUUCAACAAAAUGUGAUGUCUACAGUUACGGGAUCAUGUUGUUGGAAACGUUUACUAGGAGAAAGCCUAAUGAGUUUGAGGGAGAUCUUAGCUUGAAGCAAUGGGUGAGUUAUUCACUUCCAGAUGCUGUAAUGGAGGUCGUAGAUGUGAACUUGUUAACAUCAACUGGUAAUCGAUUAAAGGAGCUAGAUGUUGUGGCAUCAAUCAUGAAAGUUUCAUUAGAUUGUUGUAAUGAAUUUCCAACAAGAAGGACCAACAUGAAAGAUGUUGUAGGGAUGCUACAGAAAAUCAAGAUUCAACUUCUGGGAGACUCUUCAUCUGGACUUCACAUCGUGCAGCCUUUCGACAGAACUUCACACAAGUUGGGUCCAGUGAGGGUAGAGUGUAUGAAAACCUUAACAUUACCUGAGGAGUUUGAGAUGUUGUUCCAGAUAGAUCCUCGGCUCAAGGAAAAAUAA